AUGAGCUCAUGGGACGAGAACUAUGACCUUCAUGCUAAAAAGAGGAAAAACCAAGCCCUUCUUAAUGCCAAGAAAGAAGAACAGACUCUUGCAGAAGUUUAUGAAAUGAUAAGAGAUGCUUCAUCUAAAGAAACUGCGAGAGCCAUUUAAGAUAGUGAGAGUCCAACUGCUUUAGAUCAGAAGCGUAUCAUCAGAUUGCUAGUUAGAAAAGGGUGGAGCAAGAAUGAGAUUACCUAUGAAUGCCAACGUAUAUUUGGAAAUGAUGUACUUAUUAAGCCUGAAAAAUUGGAAGAUGAUAGAAUGCCGAUUUCUAAGUACAAGAGAUUUAUCAUGUUCUCUAUAUUUGGAGCUUACUACUUGCUGAGAAAAGCAAAGCAAGGUUAGAUGAAAACCGCCCUAAAGAAUGCCAAAGCAGUCAGCUAGAAUCUGAACUAGCAAGAUAAGCUUAAGACUACUGAACAUUAGAAGAUUGUAGAGGAAGCUGAAAGUUUAAAUCACUUGAAGGAGGAUGUUUUCAAGAAGCUCCAUAUGAAAUGA